AUGGCACAAAGAAUGUUUCAAGAAAGUGGGAAGGAUGGCCGCUCAGUUUUAGGAAUGCUAACAGUUCAGGUGGAAAGGGAUCCAAAGACAGGAGCUGCAGUGGUGAAGUCUGUGGCUCCCAUGACCACACCAGUCAGUGAGCCCCUGGCCACCACCGUCUUUGACGACGGCAGGAGAAGCAUCCAUGCGGUCUGUGAGUCAGGCUUUCAUCCCUCAACUGAAGAGCUCGGGCAGAUUUUGAGUUUUGUUGAUGACGUUGGGAUGCAAGUAAUGCUAGAUGAGGUCACGGUCACUGCAAAUGAAACAGAACCUAAGCUGGAUAAUGCAGAAGCCAACGGUGUUCCAGUCAAAAAAACACAAGCCUCUGUCAAUCGGUCUAUGUCUAAAGAAAACCAUCUGUCGGUAAACAGACACAUAAGUCCUAACUCUGAAGCUAACCUGAUGACAGAGGUCAGUGCGAGUAUGAGAUCUGAGAAGGAUGCAAAUGUGAUGGUGCUUAGAGACACAUCAGGAAAAGAGGUGACCAUGGAGGAUCAAGAUUUGGAGGAAAGCCCAGUUACACUUUUGUUCCUGGGGUACACUGAUUCCACAACUACCCAAGAAGACCCAAACAUGCUCACUGCUGAAAGAGUGAUCAUCUCAGAUGAUGGAGAGGAAAACAGUGUGGCAGAUCAGGGGGCAGGAAAAGAGAAUCCAAGCGAUAUGUAUCGAAACAUAUCCCCGAAGGAAAAUGUUCAAACAUCUCAAGUCCUGGAAGAUCGUGCUAAUAAAAAAUCCUCCGCGCCUGCUGCCGAGGAUGGAAAAAGCCCUUCUAAACGCAAGACCUGUCAGUGUUGUUCUGUCAUGUAA